AUGCCAAUGAGAUUUUUGGCUUUAAAAUGGAUGACAGUUUCAACUGCAAAAGCCCAUGAUGCUGCUGAUGGUCUCCUGCUGUGCACGACUGCUUCCCGUUGCCGUACAAAUAGUAUUUUGAUGCAUCCAGAUUCAAAUUUUGGAUUGUUAUAUGGAUCUCGCUUGGUUGGAAGGAUCUCGCUUAUUGGGUCGAGAAAUGUCCAAGAUGUUUCCUACGAAGCUUCUUUGAGUUUGAGUCGU